CUGAAGAGGCGCUAUUGCAUAUCCAACUUUUGCUGUACAAUAAAAAGGAGCCCCGCGCGCAUAUCCGCGUAUUGUCCCAAAGAAGCUAGCGUCUGGCUUGGAUACCCGCCGCCGUUGUUGGCAGCCACGCAGUAUGGCUGUUGUAGCUACAACGCUGUCGAUGCAACUCGUUACGUGACCUGUUACCAAAAGGAUUGGCCCUUUUUGUAGCAGCACGGAAUACUUUUAUACGGUUUCUAUUUCUACCUAUUUCCAAGUCUUGGAAUAAGGGCCAAGUGGAACUGUCUCUCGGCUAUCAUUACACAACAGCAGUCCCGAGACACCCAGAGAUUCCGCCAUGCGUCGUGAUAGAAUCAACGUCGCCCGCUUGGCUCCUGCCGUGAGCUAUUUGCGAACUGGGGAAAUAUCUUGCUAGGGCAUAAAUUUAGAUUCUUUUACUUCCUGUCAAACGAGAGAAUGAAUGUAUAAAGGCAGCUUCAAUAUCCUCUAAUCUAUCGCAAAAGGAAUUCUAUCCAUCAACCCAUCAUCCACACUCUUACCCUUCUCUUCCUUACACUACAUCACCAUGGUCAAGUUUACUUUCCUUACCUUGGCCCUGGCCAAUGCCGCUUCGGCCAAGAUCAUCAUAGACAAGGCCAACUUCCUCGGUCAGCAAGUUGCCCUUCCGAAUGGUCUGGUUGAGGCUCGCAAAGAGCUCGAAGAGACCUUCACGGCCGCUGAUGGCAGCAACGAGAGAAGCGCUGGCGUUGUGUCCUACUACAACUACUGCAACUUUCCUUUAUUUGCCUACAGACAGGAUCGCACCUUUUCCAAGCUGGCCACCAUCGGUCCUCGUGAGGCCAUGAUCACCGACUUUGAAGAGGAGCCUAACACGGGCAGUGUCACAUUCCGCUUCACACGCGAUGAGAACCUCGAUAACGACGCUGGUAGCAUCUUUGUCUCUUACCGCAGCGAGAUGGGUCAGCGAGGCAUGUUCAUCCACGCUCAGGCAUACAGCGUCUUGGGCAGCCCGCUUCCUCGUGGUGAGAACAUGACUCUCAACACAGCUGUCUCUCUAUCUUGCAGCGACGCUGUUGGAUCUUUCGCUCUUAUGGGUCAGCAUGUCAAGGGCCGCAUGGAGUGCGAGGGCAACGAGAGAGCUUUAAUCUCCGGUACAAUGACGCUGAGCACCGGAUUCUGUGUCCAGGGCGGUUUUGAGCCAUCUAUCCGACUCAACAACGAAACAAGACAGCUUACCACGGGUCCUGGCGUUCGUCAAACUGUGAUUAGAGAUGGAGACGGCCGCGACGACCGCAACGACGACCGUGAUCAGAAUAGAGGCCGCAACAGAGAUCAAGAAAACCGCGAUCGCAACAGAGAUCAGGAGCACCGCGACCGUCAGAGAGAGCAAGAGAACCGUGAUCGCAACAGAGACCGCAACCAGCAGGACCGCAACCAACAAGAUCGCAACCAACAAGAUCGUAACCAACAAGAUCGUAACCAGCAGGAUCGUAACCAGCAGGAUCGUAACCAGCAGAACCGUGAUCAACAGAACCACGAUCAACGCAACAGAGACAUGUUCAGGGAUCGCACCGGACAGGGAAGCCAGCAGCAGCAGAACCAGCAGGGCAACACUGGUAACACGGGAAACGCCGGUAACACUGGUGGCCAAACCCAGCAGCAGAAGAUGCAGCAAGACCAAAUUAAGCAGCAACAGGAGCAGAUUCAACGUCAGCAAAAGAUGCAACAGGAGCAGAUGCAGGGAAUGCCACAGAUGCAGCAAGAGCAGCAGGCAGCCAAGCCUAUCCCCAUGCCCACAACCCAGCCUGAAGCUCAGAAGCAGCAGGCCGCUGCUCAGCCUUUGCCGGUUAUUGUUCAGCGUCCUGGUAUGAUGCCCGCUGCCCAGUAAAUGGGUGGUGCAUCCCGUCGUCUACCUAUUCCAGCUUAGGCGGCUCUUAGUUUCAUAUUGUCUCUACCAUGCACAUCUAUCUGCUUUUCUUCAGCGGGGAGUCUGGUUGGUUUUUCUUUUCUUUCUGUUCUUCUUUUCUCAGCCCUUUUUUUCGAAAGUUUGUUUGGUACUUCUGGCUGUUUCUUUCUGGGUUUUGCUCUUUCCGCAUUGCUUUUGAAUCAUUUUCCCUUAUUUUUGCAUCAUUUCUUUUCUGUUUUUGUUGUGUUUUUGUUGUGUUUUUUUGCUUUCUUUCUUUGUCGCACUCUUUGAUUUCUGCUUGUUUGAUUUUCUUUGGUUCGAUUUUUUACCUUUUUGAUUUUCAGCUGGUGUCUGCUUCGGUGUCUCAACGUGUUUAGCUCUCGCUUUUUUAGCUGCUUUCUUUGCCUGUGCCUUUUUUUGGUUUCUUUAUCUAGCGAUCGUUUUUUUAUGCCCCUAAACAUCUAUUAAUAUCUAAUUCGUAUAAUAAUUGAUGUUGGCUGUGAUAGCUGAGCACCGGUUUCCAUUUGAGGUUAGGGUAGAUCUCCUCCCUAUAAGGCGCAAAAGGGGCCAUCAGCCGUUCAGCCUCACCUUGGUCAGUAAAAC